UAUUUUUCCCUGUAUUAAAAUCAGAUUUCUUCUCAGAGCGGUGGUUAUAUAAGAAUGCACAGUAUUCAUGAUUUGCAGAUAAGAACGAAUGGUCAACUCUUUCUUCUGACUAACGUUUGCUAGGUAUGGGUGGGGAUCACGGUCCGAGUAAAGCAGCACUGCCAGACUACAAGAUCUGGAAAUGGGAGGGAACACCUCUUGAAAUGACACAGCAGAGGCUUGCUCGGAGGGGACUGCGGGACCCGUGGAUGCGGAAUGAAGCCUGGAGAUAUACAGGGUCAUUUGGCGUUCCAGUCGCCUUUAAGGACGUCCUCCUCCGCGGAUUCAAGAAAGGAUUCCUUGCUUUUGCUGUGGUCUUGGCAGUGGAGUAUGCUUUUUUCCCUCCUAAGAAGUCAGAGCACUGAUCAGUGAAGUGCUUCAUCUUUGGAAGUAAAAGCUGGACUUUCGAAGCAUCCUUCACUAUAUGUGAUCAUAAUGGUGUUAACCAGGAUGUGUGCUUGUCGUCUUUACCAUGAAGAUUUCUCUGAUGUUGUAAUUAGAUUGUAUGGUCAUGUGUAAGGGCAUACAUUAAUAAAUAAAAUAAUAUAAACCUG